GAUGUUCUGCAGAAGAGAGCGAAGAACCAGAUAGAACUGAAAAACGAGGAUGAGGCUGUUGCAUGGUGGAAUGAGGCUGACUGCAAUUUCGGCUGCAAUUACUUGGCAGGUCUGCCAAGUGAGCUGAGGUUGGGCUGGACGACGUGUGUCCGCCCAAUAUAAUCAUGACACUCCUAACCACUUUAGCAGCAGACGCUAAUUAUCUAUCUUCAGCUCGGGUAAUACACGCAUCUCCUUCUCUCCCAGACCUUUAUUCCUCCUCCUCCCACAAUACUCACAGACUGAGACGCAGCAGCCCGCCUAUGAAUACUGCCGCCGCUCUCUCCUCUGUCGAUUUACAGCAACAUAUCUACAACUCCUUACUAGAGUCUCGCACUGCAGAUGUCUCCUUGCAUGUACACGGUACAUGGGAGGCCAUCUACAUGUUGCACAGAGUAGUCCUCAUACAGUCGGGCUUCUUCAGCUCACUAUUCACAGCGGGCUUCCUCGAGUCCUCACCGAAACUUCGUAGCCGUCUACGAGGACCUGAGGAAAUUGACGUCAUCUUUGAUGAUCGCAAUAUCACUCGUGCAGCUUUUGAGAUAUGCAUUGCACGACUAUAUGGUGGUGGUCCACCCCUAUAUGUCCCACCAUCCCUCAUCCCAAGCACAUCUCACCCACUUACUCCUUCCUUUUCUGGCCCUCCUCUACCUUGUGAUACACCCAAGGGGCAUCACACCGCCAGCCCUCAGCUGUUGCUCUCACUUCUAGCCACAGCGGUUUACCUCUCUAUUCCCUCCAUGGCGUCGCAGGCCGUCAACUGCAUCAUGAACACAGUCGGACCAUACACUGUUAUUCCUUACCUCAAUUUCGCUAUUGGUAAAGCUAUCGAAGCUCGUCCUGACCACAAAGCCGAAGCAGCAGUGGGCUUGGAGUGCAUUGCACAGUCGGCCACCUCGGAGAGUCACGCAUCCAGCACAUCGCGUUCUCCUCUGCGUAAAUCAAGUACCACGCAAGAGCCUGCCGAUGAUUUAUCCGACAAAUUGCAUGAUCUAGAUGUACAGAAAGAGGAUCCUGCUGAAUCUGAGGUAGAAUCUGAGCCAGACGAAGGGCCAAUCCACGAACCUCACUUCCAUUAUGGAUUGCUAUCAGACAAGAUUGGCGAGGCCGCGGCAUGCUGGAUCGCCCGAUGGGGCGCGGAUAUGCUUAUCCACGAAGAGAAAGCAUCUCGCGGUCCAGGACUCCCUGUUACCCCAGUCCCCGUUCCUGCGCAAACCGUGUCGUCACGCAAGAGAGCCGAUACGAUGCCUGCCAAACCUUCAUCUUCCAGUGAGCCUACCGCACCAGAACCGCAUGUGACUCCCGUCAUCUGGGCAAGGGGUGGCUUGAAUUCGAAGUGGGUACAACAGAUUUUAGGCUCAGAUUUGUUGUUUGUGAAGGGGGAGAGGGAACGAUACGAUAUGGCUUGCACUAUCGUCGAGCUUCGGAGACGGCAGGGCAUCGAUGCAGAGGAAGAGAAAGAUUGGGAAAUUUUGUUCCGUGAAGGCAUAUACUAUGCCAAUAUGCUCGUGGACGAUAUCAUUGCAAUAUCACAGCAUAUCUCUCCUACCACUGGUCGAACAUUUGUUCCCCUUUCUGUUUUACAGGAAGCCCAUUGGGACCAGUCAUUACUGCGAUGUCAAAUCACAGCUAAACACAAUGCGAACACUUCUUCUUCCUCAUCCCCAUCCUCAAGCCCUCCACCUUCGCGAGAGAAGGAACUUGGGUUGUCCAUCACGACUGCAGAGAUUCUUGCUCGAUUGCCAGCUCUGAACUCCCCGCCCUUAACAGAUGAUAAAGACAAGCCAUAUCAUCCCGUCGGACACGAUUCAUCUGUACGCAUUGGCGAUUGUGGGAACAUCGAAGGUGCUUCUAUGGACCAACUCUUCGAGUCACCUCCAUCGUUGUCCAGUCCGAGCACCGACAGCAAGGCGCCUGUUCGUGCAACAACUUCCGAGGCUAAUUUCUUCGGCCUGAAGCCAGAACGACAAACCGCAUCUGGCUGUAUAGCAUCUGACGCGACGGGUAAAGCGCGGUGGUCACCCCACCCUCCGUUCAGGUUUGCAGUGGAGUUCUGGGACAUCGACGCACUAAAGGAGAAGUCCCGCUUACACUCACAGACCAUCUGGUACGCAGGAAGCUUGUUCAACGUAUACGUGCAAGUUGUUCGGAAGAAGGGCAUUCAGCUUGGAGUCUAUCUUCACCGGCAAUCGAACAUUGAUCCUAUUCCUGCCGCUUCUGCCCCAUUGUCAUUCAAUCGUGCGGAACACACACACAACAGAGUGCCAUCAUUACCACUGCUUUCUCCGUCUCAGUCCUCGCCAUCUAUGUCCAUGCACUAUUCCCCUUCCAUUCACCCUCCGUCACGAAGUACGACACCUAGUUCAUCCCCACCGACAUCAUCCGGCCUUGCUACGUCCUUUACCUCUUCACCGAGCACCAUUCCAGCUACCACACCUCCCGUUGCCCCGGUCCAGCCAUAUCGCGAUCCCCGGCCUGCUGUUGCAGCUUAUUUCACUAUCUCUUGCGCCAGCUCUACUGGUUCAUCUAUCACGCGAUUCACGAGCGUCCCGGACGUGUUUUCAGUCAGCCAGAGCUGGGGUUGGAAGUCGAGCUCCUUACGAACUGAGGAGUACCUAGAGGUUGGGCCUGACGGCCAACCUGCCAAGCCUACAAUUCCAGCCCCAAAACUGAACAGCCUUCGCGCCACAAUCGUUUUGGGCAUCGUCUAGUUCAGGGUAGUUCCCUGGGUUUAUGAGGUGUUUCUUAUACAUCGCUAUAUUUGCUAUCAAUUCGUAUAUUUUCUUCUGAUAUAUCACUUACGAUCUGUCGAUCUAUGUAUUCAGUUAGCAGCAUUUUCAUGGUCUGGUAUAGAACAUUGAACCUACUUAACAUUUAUGCUAAUGAUCAUCAUGACAUGUGGUUGAACAG